UUGAAUGAUAACAGUUUUGAUGGAUUGUCGUUGAUAUACAAUGUAUAUUGUUUGGAUAAAACGGACAUGUGUACAAUUGCGUAAAUACGUUAUUUGCAUACUGAAUAAUAUUUACAAAUGUACACGUAGAUGACGAACAGUCAAUGUUUUCAUCAAUUUUAGAUCAGUUAAAAAGCAAUUAACUUGUUAAUUUAAAGGUGCAGCGGUGUCACUACUUUCUAAAUUACGGACAAUGUUUCUAACAUAGGGAAAAGGAUAUUUGCAACAUCAGGCAGCUAAAAACGGGGUGGUCUGAUUGGAUGAAACUUACUUGAAGAUACAGAAGGACUGGUGAACGAGAGUUAAACAUUUGAAAUGGCGACGAAGAAAACAUUGAAUAUUAAUCCAGUAUUCAACCACAAGAAAUCAAUAGCGUUGGUAGACACGGCCGAGGACCUAGUGGACAGUUUAGAUAAUUUGUCUGUCUGUCUUAAACAUAUAGAAGAAAGACACGUCCAGAAUAAAACUGAACCUUCGAAAGGGGAAACAAGUUUAUACGAAAAACUGAAAGAAAAUCUCAACAUUGCUCGAGAUCUAACAGACACAUUGAAGCGGGAAAAGUGGCGACUCAGCAGACGAAAGAUAAGUGUAGAACUACGAAUGGGAGAGCUGGAAGAAUAUAAAUCACAUAUGAAACAAGAUAUGACACAUAUGAACCAGACUGUGGAGUCACUGAGCAUGCGCAUCAUUCAGCUGGAAGACGCUCUUGUAGAAGCUCAAGAAUUACAGGAACACACCGAAGCUGAAAGGGCAGUCACACAAAAGCGUCUAGAUGGAUCGGAGAAAACAAUAAAAGAGUUAGAGGACAAACAAGCGAGCAUGGAAGAAGAAAUUCGUCUGCUUAAACAGGAAAGGAAAGACACUGUGUUGAAGAGACAACAUAGUGAACUGGCUGAUAGUGUUGAAAUCUUCAUGCUUGAAAAUAAGAGCCUUAAAGACCUUAUACGUGAAAAAGAAGAAACUGAAAAUCAGAAAGAGACAAAUGUCGACAACGUAACUAAUACAUUUGAAUCAAAUGGACACAAAAAUAUGGUAAAUAUAGUGACAGAAAGCCACAGCAAAUUUAAUGAAAAUAUGGUGGACCAGAGUGAGCAGAAAUCCCCACGGUCACCAAUAUUUACACAAACAACAGAGAUAACGUAUGUCUGAAUAGGCGAAAGACAGUCAAUAACUGUUAAAAAGUGAAGUCUUCCAUUCGUUGCCAAAUUCAGUUCCAGUGAGGUUUUUUUAUGUGUUUACCUAUAUGAUUUAACCUUGUGUUCUAAAAUGUCAUGUUA